AUGAAAAUCAGAAUUGGGAAUGGUAGACAUGUCUCGCUUUGGUAUGAUAAUUGGCAUCCUCUUGGCCCUUUAGAAAAGAUUCUUGGAGAGAGGACCAUUCGUGAAUUCAGAUUGAGUAGACUAGGUAAAGUGGCUGAUAUUGUGGAGGGUGAUACUUGGAGAUGGCCAUCAGUUCGCUCCCCAACUUUGUCUGAUUUGAUGCGAGAUACGCUUGAUACUUUUCAGCCAGACAGUAAUAGAGAGGAUGUAUUGCGAUGGGAGGAUGAUACACAUGGAAUCUUCUCUCUUCGGAGUGCUUGGGAGUCUCUUCAACUUCGCUGCCCUAGGGUGACUUGGUAUCACAUUGUAUGGCUCCCUAAAUGUAUUCCUAGGCAUGCAUUUAUCCUUUGUCUAUGCGUUGUGUGCUAUGUGGAUGUUCAGUGGAGGAUCUGGAUCAUCUUUUCUUUGCUUACCCAUUUUCUGAGCAUGUUUUGGAAUGCUCUGCAUGCGAAGUGUAACUUGCCUUGGGUCCAACGGAGUUGGCUAGACACUCUUUCUUGGAUGGAACAAUUUCGAGGGAGGUCAAUGUCCUCCAUUGUUAUUCGGUUAAUGUUUGCGGCUUCAAUUUAUGUUAUUUGGCGUGAACGCAAUGCUAUGACCCAUGGAGAGGCUCCUAAAAAUGAGUCUAUUGUUAUUCAAGAUAUUGUUUUUACUAUUUGUGCACGAGUGAAUUUGUGCAGGAGCUUGGUUCCAUCUAAUGAAAAUAGAUGGCUCCAAUGCUCUUGGAGGUUUUCUUCCGAUAUUUUUUGUUCUUGUGAUUAG